AUGUUCUCGGCAACGCUACGUCGCACCGUCAAGAUGAGUUCAACAAUCUCCUCGGCCCCCUUCUCCAAGGCCGUCGUCGGCGCAAUGCGCAAACUCUACCCAGAGGCCCUCGCGGACAAGAGCUGGGACAACACUGGCCUCCUCCUCGAAUCGCCCUUCGACCCCAUUCGUCGCCAGAUGAACUCGGCCCUCCUCACCAUUGACCUCACCAAAGCUGUCGCCGAUGAAGCCAUUGAGCGUGGAGACUCCAUCAUCAUCNCCAUCAUCUUCAGAGGUCUCAAAAGCUUAUCCCUAGCCGACACCCAACAACAAACACUACUACGAUUGGCCGCAGAAGGCAUCAGCGUAUACAGCCCACACACCGCAAUCGACUGCGCCCCCGGCGGCCUAGGCGACUGGCUCGCCGACAUCGUCUCCGGCACCCCCAUGAGCGCCGAAGAACUAGCCGCCCAAGCACAAGAAAAAGCAAACGAACAAUCCAACACAAAGAAAGAGCCAGAAACCCCUUCCAACGAGCUCAAACGCCCGACCUUCCAACUCCAGCACCAUCCCAGUCAACUCAGCAUCAAAGACCGCACCCUCAAACUCGGCAACGACACGCACACCCGUCGCCCAAUCAAGCCUUCCUCGGUGCCAGGCUACCAAAACACUACUGCAGGAAUGGGUCGUAUCGUCCGCUUUUCUACUCCACAACCCCUCCUCGAAAUCAUCGACCGCAUUGGCCGUGGUCUCGGAAACCCAAAGGGCUUCCCCAUCGCCAUCCCCCAAGGCAAGCAAAUGGACGAAAUCGACAUUUCGAGCGUCGCCAUCUGCGCCGGCAGUGGAGGAAGUCUGUUUGGCGGGCUGGGCAAGAACGGCGAGGAAGACGUGGAUUUGCUGUUUACCGGCGAGUUGAGCCAUCAUGAGGCGUUGGCGGCAAUCGAGCAGGGUAAAUGUGUUAUUGCGCUUUUCCACUCGAAUACAGAGAGAGGGUUCUUGCAUGGCGUUUUGAAGCCGCAGUUGGAGAAGAGUGUCAAGGAGGAGUGGGAGCGUGUGAGAAAGGAGGAGAAGGACAAGGCUUCCUCUGCCGCUUUGAGUGAGGACUACCUCGAGGCGCUCGAGGACGAUCAUAUCGAGAUCCAUGUCAGUGAGGUCGACCGCGAUCCUUACGGCAUCAUGAUUUCAAAGGAUGAGAUCUAG